UUUUCAGCUUAUGAGCACUACUUUGCCUCUUCAAAUUCUUCGCGUUUCAUUCCUAAAUAAAGAUCCUCGUUUUUCCUUGUCGAUGGUCAACAAAACUUUUAUUCACAAUUCUAAACUUAAACCUUGGAUAGCUAAAAAUUUGGCAAACAUAAGUUUUGUUCCAGAAGCUUCUUGUCCACAAGAUUGUUAUUUGGGAAUCCCUUUAAAUUCCCCUGAUGGACAAUGGUUCUCUUAUGGAAUGAAACUCCCUCAAAACUUGGCAGAAAUUGAUCAUUAUUUAUUCUCAAGAUUGAGACGUAAAUGGCUAGCUUUAGAAGGAAAGAAAAUACAAACAACAGUAAAAGUGGAUACUGACAAAAUUAAAGGAUUUGAAAUUCCUAUAGAAGCAAACCUUAUUUGGCCUAAAUUAUUUAGUAAUCCAACUGUCCAUUUUCCAUUAACUGCAGUUGGUAAUUUUAGUAUUGUUAAUUUGACAAUAUCAAAUCCAACAACGUCACCAAUAAUAAUACAAAUACUUCCUUUGGUUAUUUAUCCUGAUUCUGAUAGUUUACUCGAUAUUUUAAGUGAUGAAUUGUCAAUACCACCAUUAAUUAAUCCUAUAGAAUUGAAUGAAACAUUAAUGUUUUCAUUGCGUGAUACAGAAUUGUUUACUCUUAGACCUGGAAGUCCGACUCCAAAGCUUCGUGAAGAAGUUGAAAAAAUUAUUGAAGGUCCAGUUCCUCGAUUUACUUUAACUAUGCUGCUUCGCCCUGGAAUGAGUGCCCGUGUUCGUAUUGGCUUCCUACCUUCAGAUUAUUCUCUUCGGUCUUCUAUGAUGAUUAUAAGAAACAAUCUUACUGUUAUAGAACCCAUUAUUCUCUAUGGACGUGGAGCGCGAAUAAAUAUGGCUAUUGACGAUAAAUCUGCAAAUUCACAACCUUUACUAUUUGAACUUGAACCAAAACAUUUGGAUGAUUGUGCUAAUCCUCGACGUCAGUUGCAUAGAAUGCCUACAACAUUAACUGUUAGACGUUCCUUUGCUGUUUAUAAUAAUGGAGAAGUAGGAUUCAGUGUUGUGAAUAUUUCAAUAAGUGGCGCUCCUUGUGAAAAUCGUGGUUUUCGUGUUUUGAAUUGUGACAAGUUUAGUUAUACUCCUGACUUUUUAUUUUCCAUCAAUGAAGCAACACUUCAAGUUUUUAUGCAUAUGAACGGUACCCCUUGGUCAUAUAAUUUGGCUGCUGUUGUUCCAAAACAUUUACUUUCAAUGUGUCAUUCUGCAUUACCUCGCCCUCCUUUUGAAGCUCUAAUGUAUCAAACUUGUGUGCUAGCAUUAAUGUUUUGCCUUAUAUGCAUGAUAUCUUGUGCUUACCUGGAAGGCGAUCGUGUAGUUUUGUGUGCUUAUAAACAACAAUUUUUGCAAGGGCAACAAAAAUUAGUGUUUAAUUUAAACGAUACUGAUGACCAAAAAGUUGCUCAAGUUGAGGAUAUUGGGGUAGAAGUUGGAGAUUUUUACAGAAGAGAAUUUAGAAAAAUCUCGUCUGAUGCAGGAAUUAUUCAAAAAAUAUUUUGGCAUACUUUAAAUUUUGUGCUAAGAGUGUUUUCCUAUGUUUGGCCAUUUUUAAGAAGAGAAAACAACAGAAGAGAAAACACUUCUACAACAACAACAAUUAAAGUUUCACAACAACUGCCAUUAGUUGAUUUAAUAGAUGUUGUUGAUACAACAAACAUAAAAACAGAACAAAACACCCAACAAAACAACCAACAAAACAUCCAGCAACAACACGUAUUAAAUAAUAAAGAAGCAACAAUUAUAAACAGAAUAAAGAAAAAAAGUUUUGUUGAUACAACAAACAUAGAAAAACAUCAAAACAACAUUGAAAAACAUCAAAAACAUCAAAACAACAUUGUUUUAAAUGUUGAGAAAAGAACACAACAUCAGAGAAAAGUAAAAACAAAAGAAAAACAUCUAUUAAAACAACAAGAACAACAACAGGAAGAGGAUGUUUUUGAAAAUGAAAAGGAAAAACAACAAAACAACAACAACCAAAACAACAAUAACAACAACAAAACAUCCAACAAAACAAAAAUUUCAAACAAGGAAAACAUUCAUGUUUUGAAGAAUGUUUGUGAUUCAACAAGAGAAAUGUUUCUUUCUGUUUCUAGUAGUUCAAGUUUGGGAGAGGCAGUAAUGACUUCUAGUAUUAAUGACAAUCAACCACCUAAACCUUUCAAGAGAAACGAUUUUCAAUUGAGAAAUACUUCUACUACAAGUGAGGAAGACGGAGGACAACAACAACAAAAUUGGAGGAAAAAUUCUUCUUUAGAUGAUGAAGACAACAAAAGCAACAACAAUAGGAGAAACGAUGUUUCAAAUAAAUAUAGUGAGACGGAGGAAACUAGCGCUGAAGAAAGUGAAAUACCUGAAUGGGCAGAUGAAGAAGAGGAGGAGGAACAUGAAAAACGUAUGGGAAAAAUCUAA